AUGGAGUCCUUUUUAUCUACUUUACCACCGUAUGUGCAUGACUUUUUGAACAAGCAUCCUCCAACUGAUGUGUUCAAUGUGCUUCGGGAACUCGUUUGUUUCGCUGUUCUUUAUUCCAAUGACCGUGAACGCAUUGCAGCCAAGACCAAGGAAUUGCUCGACCAAGGUGCAGACGUUGUUUCCAAGGAUACCGACACCGGUAGUAUGGGUGGUCAAAACACCAUGGCAACCAGCAACGACAAUGACAGUAUCACUACGACAACUACUGCUGCUUCAAAGUCUUCCAAUACGGCAGCUACUGGUGGUGACAAGCCCACCGAGAAAAAGCAUGAUGUAAACAAAGCUGUAGAAAAGGUAGUAUCGCAUGAAGUAGAUGUGAUCAGUCAUCAAGAAGCGACUACCAACUCAAAUCAAAAAGGCAGCAUGCCUUGGACAUUUCCGGAUUGGUGGGGACAUCACGAUGGUAGCGAUGAAACCCCUAAGCCCAAAGCUCAAAGAAAACCAUCAUCGGAAGUACUUUCACAAGAACCAGCAUCCAUCAUUCCCCAGGAACCGGCAAAUAACAAGCCAUCAAGGCGUGAGACCGUGAGCACUUGGGUGCCAUGGGAUGAGCCAAGCAAUGCAAAGGAUACGUCCCGACGCAUGCAAAGAAGUAUGAGUAAACCCAUACCUGAUUUACGAUCUUAUCUGGAAAAGUCGACUCCUGCUAGUCCUCCUUUACAACGACGUGCUACUUCGCAACGUGCCAGUGCUGUGCCAGCUGUCAAGUCAUCAUCGGGAUCCACUACUCCCGUAACACAACAGCAACGUGCAUCAAAGACACCUUCUUCAGCACCCAUGUCGCGUACAUCAUCUACGUAUCGUCCAAAGCAAACUGCUACAGUACGUGCACGUGCUGAACGUGCCAAGGCGCAGCAACAAGAAAUUGAAGAACGCAAACAAAAGGCAGCACAGCUUAAUAAUGUGAGUUUGCGACUCAAGCAGCAAGCCAAGUCGACUAUCGAUUGGGAUGCGAUUAAGAAAGAACGCAGGAGAACCAUGCCAGUAAUGCCAAGUACAAAAUAG